GGUCUUGCUGCUGCUCGAUCCGUUCAGCAACGAACGCCUUCACCCUCUUCCACACUUUUACCUUCACGCAUCUCCGCUCCCACGCGAAUCAGCCGUCUUCAUCAAAAAGAACAACCGCCUCAAGUCAAUACAGGAAUGCGACGUCCCACCUCCAUGGGUUCGCCAUCCAAUACUCGAGCCGCCGCAGCCGCGACAGCCGCUUCUCUAGCAGCCGAUCGAAGAAAAAGCGUCUCGGGGCCGAGAGUAGCGACACGACAACGAUCCAGUACACUGGGUCAACGAGAUGUAAGCGACGUGCGCGAAAAACAACUCCAACAACUGCGUCUUCAGCAGCAGCAACGGAUCUUGCAGUUGCAGAAACAACAGCAACAGCAACAACAAGCCGACGAACAGCAGGAUACAGAGGAAGAAGAAGAAGAACAAGAACAAGAAGCGGAUGAUGUUCAAGCCGACGCAGAAGACGAUGAGGAAGAUGAGGACUCAGAAAUGCAUCAUGCAGACUCGGAUUUCCAUGAUCCUUCCGAGGAAGAAGAAGAAGAAGAAGAAGCUUCCGAAAACGAACAACCCGAUCCAGCUAUGAAUGGAUUGUCGUCAACAGACCCAGCUCAGUCGCGUGGUCCUCAGACCGCCUCUUAUGGAUCUUUGGCAGGCAAUUUACCUGUCAACAAGUUUGAGCAGGUAAAAUCAUAUCCCCAGUCAUCGCCGUUGUCGAGAGUGAGCCAGAAAAGGAAAAAAAUUAACGCCAAGAAUUAGAUGAUUCCUAUGAAAGAUUAUGAAGAGCUGCGAUUGAAACUCAAAAUUCUGGAAAGCAAGCGUCAAGAGGAUCGCGAGAAAUACAGGGAACAUGAAAAAGUUAAGGAGGAAGCCGAGCAAUUCCUCACUUUGCGCAAUAAAUUACAAGGUAAUUUUCAACGGAGUCAUGUACGCC